GAUAUUAGGGUUCAUUGGAGCAUGUUUUGCUUGCCUGCCUGCAGUGUCAUAUGUAACAUUACUAAUGUUGACCUAUUAAUGAUUGAUAUGUGCGUCACUGAUAAUUCACAGAGAGAGAUUUUGACGUGUUUGUUCAUGCAGGUCUCACUAGUCUGGAGUAUGUUGCAGCUGAGCUGAGAGAUGAAGCGUGUGAAGGUGCUCGUGGUCGGAGCAGGUGUGGUGGGUUUAUCCACUGCUGUGUGUGUCGCUGAGACGCUUCCCUAUUGUUCUGUGACUGUUAUUGCUGAGAAGUUUUCUCCGGACACCACCGGUGAUGGAGCUGCAGGAAUCCUCUUACCCAAAGAGUUUCCCGACAUCCCUCUUGAACGGCAAAAGCGUUGGUUCAAGGAGUCAUUCGAUCAUCUUCUGGCCAUUGCAGAUUCCCCUCAAGCCUCAGAUGCUGGCGUGUACUUGAGCUCUGGGUACCACAUUUUUAAGGAUAUUCCCUGUGACAAAAAGCCCUUUUGGUCAGAUUUUGUACUUGGAUUCAGAUACAUGACGGAUCGUGAAAUGAAGCGUUUUCCUAAUUAUAAGUUUGGUCAAGCGUUUACCACAUUAAAGUGUGAAUGUCUGAACUACUUGCCAUGGUUAGAAAAAAGGCUUCGAGCAGUUGGAGGUCAGAUCAUACAUGAAAAGGUGACUGAUCUUCAGAAACUGGCCCUGAAUUACGAUGCCAUCAUGAACUGCUCAGGCCUCAGCUCUCGUUUUCUGCUGAAGGAUGAGGAGGUCUAUCCAAUACGAGGACAGAUUUUGAAGGUUAGCGCUCCUUGGCUGAAGAACUUCAUCCGAGAUGGAGACGGCAAUACCUACAUCUACCCAGGCAUCAGGUACGUCAGCAUCGGAGGCACGCGGCAGGCAGAUGACUGGCGGCUGGAGGUGGAUAAGGAGGACAGCAAGGGGAUCCUGGAGCGCUGCUGCCGGCUGGAACCGUCUCUGCGAGCCGCUCAGGUGAUGGGCGAGUGGGUCGGGCUGCGGCCGGGCCGGGCGAACCCACGGGUGGAGCGCCAGUAUCUGCAUUUACAGGGCCGUCAGGUGCCUGUGGUGCACAACUACGGUCACGGCGGCUGUGGUGUUACUCUGAGCUGGGGAACAGCGCUGGACGCGCUCGAUCUGCUGAGACAGAGUCUGUUUGAAAAACCUCCUCAAGCCAGACUCUGAACCUGCUGUCGUACUCAUACACCCAUGAUGCUUUACAGUGAUACUUCUGCAUCUACUACUGAAGAGAAAUGGCACUUAAAUCUUAAUAACAGAUAAAUCUGUCAUCAGUUUUCCAUCUAAAAUGUUUACCAAUUUCUGUAUUAUUCAUUUUGUCUGAUGAUUUCUACAUGCCACUAAUUAGUAGGUUGUUUUCAAUAGGUUCGAAAUAGAAUUUAUUGUUUACAGAAUGUAAAUCUUGAGGAAGAUAAAUUGUGUCCAUUGUUUGAUGUUGAAAUAGUUUUAUCUAGUUUAAUAUGCUGAAUUUGAAAAUUGUCUUUAUUUUUGCAUUUCUAAUUUUUAACUCAUGUUAAAUGUGAUUUGAGUUUUGAAAAUAGUAUUAAUUAAUUUAUGAAGUUAUGUUGCCUUUAACUACUGAAUGAAUUUUAACUCAGAUUUGCUGUAUAAUUUAUAGCUGAUUGUCAGUGUAACACUAAAUACACCAGAAUAUUGUAUUGACGAGAACAUCUGUCGUAUCUUGUUUCCCAUAGAACAAAAGUACUCUUCAUAAGUGUUAAUGAAUAUCAGAUAUUCACAGAUGAUCUGUAAAUUCAUUACAAUUAACUACAGUUGCAAUGUGAUUGUCUAAAAAUGAUACAAGAAUUACCUGUAAAAAAAAAAAAAAAAA